CUGACAGGAAGGCACAUAGCAUGUGUUCUAUGUGUGUCUGCUCCUCCUGACAGCUGCAGCUCUUACAAUCAGAUCAUGCUGUCUUUUAUUAUCCUUCUUUUGCGCCUUCAAGGAAAGACUUAACCUAAACCCGACGUACACUAUCGUGGUUUUUCCACGUUGUUUUGCUCUGCCACCCCAAUCCAAGCCCCACUCCUCACACCUCCCUCCCGACCGUCCGGGGCUCGUGGCAGCGGUCGGGUCCAGGGCUGCAGGACAGGUGGACAGGGUGAGGCGAGUGGGACGCAGGGGCCAAUGGCCCUCCGAGUGUAGCUGCCGGGGGAGGCACCCAGGGCACUGUGUGUGGAGACGAGGACAAGACGGUAGUGGAGACAGCGACUCUGGCAGACAUGGGAUGCUGUAGCUUGACUCCGAGAUCCGCAGGCAUUGACGACGUGGGCCCGGAAGAGCUCGAACUCCUGGAGAUCGGCAGUGCAGGGGUGUGGAGUCUAGGAGAAAGCAAGCAGAAGGUCACCACAAGGAACAAGACCAAGGAACCUCCUGAACGCUGUCCAUCUGACAGGCAACCCAAGCAAGAGGUCCCACAUCUGGCUUCUUCUACCUACUCUACUCAGAAAAGAAAUUCGCAAGUGGUACUGUGGGAACGCACCAGAGACGAGCUCCACCAAAGCUUGUACACUCAUCCAAUCAGAGAGUGGGAAGGCCAAGCACUACACAGUUUUGGAGACAUCAUCUACUCCUCACUCUUAUCUUUAUACAAUGGCUCCACAAAGGUGAUAAGUGAAAGGUAUGUGGUCCUAUUCUCCUUUCACUUAUUAAUCCUCGCUCUGGACAACUUGAACCAGAAGUUCAUUUAUGAGGGCAUCCUUCCUCUGUCUGCAAUCCAUGUGCAAGUGAAUUCUCAAAAGGACUCCACUGCUCCACCCAUGUUUGAGAUUAGUGGGACCAUGGUGGACUCCAAGAUCUUCAUCUGCAACAGUGCAGUUGAGAGAAAGUGCUGGUUAGAGAAGAUAGAGGACAGGAUAGAGAAGUCUCAGAGACAACAGCUCAGUCUGUCUCACAGCGCACUCUCCUACCUGCUGCCAUGUGAUGAGAGAUGGAAGAAGGAGGAGCUGAAGAGGUACUUACUGAGGUCUCCCAUCUGGCAGUGGGAGGGAACCUCCAUCCACCACAUGGGCCAACCUGCCUACCUCUCAGUGGUACACAUCAGCAAUAUACAGAGAGAGGGAUCCCAAGAGCGUCUGUUUUUGCUCUUCCCUCUGGACCUCCUGAUCCUCUCUGUAGACCGUCAGCGGGUACAUGUGAAGUAUGAGGGUCGUCUACCCAGAAAGAGCAUCAGCGCUUUGGAAAGAUCAGCCUUGCCUGGAAGACUCGAGUUUGAACUUACGGGGGAAUUGAUGGAACCUUUGCUGGUCUCAUGUGCUUAUCCAGAGGAUUAUCAGAGCUGGAUUUUCCAGUUACAACAGCCUGAAAAGGUGAAUCAAGUAUUACCCAAUCACGCAUCUCCACCUCUCAUACCAAGGAAGCACAGAAGCAGCAGGGAAGCAUAAUGUGGCUUGGUUUCCUGCCACAGGCUACAAGUGACAUUGCUGACAAUUGCCAUUUAGGUCAAUUGCGUUCUGAUGACCUGGAUGGUUGAUUUAAUGCGUAUGUAUAGUUUCUUGAUAGUGCAAAUAUAGGCAUACUGUACAUAAAUGCUCUUAGUCUUAAAAUGCAAUUAAGUGGACUGUUUAGAUUUCAGCAGGAUGUGUAAGUCCCAGUUCCUGUGGAAUGUGUGUUCUUUCAUUAAGUACCUGCCCACAGGCUUUCUACAAAGCUUUCUUGUCUCAAAUAUUGUCUCAAGUACAAAAUGUCUGUCUGAGAUGUAAUAAAUUACUGUAAUUAGAGUA